UACUUCCUGUCACGCUGAGAGUGUAGAUCCGGAAGGGGCGGGGCCAGAGUGGGAGCAACUGUGAGGAGGGAAGAGAAGGGAUACAUUGUAUCAGUGGCACAAUGGAUCAGAUGACCUCCGCUACAAGCACAACGUGAUGUCAAGAAACUUCACCCUCUGACGCCUUGCCUUUCAUUUUAUUAUUUUAUUACUGUUAACCUUGUCAUGUCUGGCACAUCCGGGAAGAAAGCCAGGACCCUGAUCAUCGAAGAUGACUGUGAACCUCCAGAUGAUUCCAACCCCUUUUCCUUCAAGGAGUUUGUGAAAAGCAAAAGUCGUUCAAAGAACUGUGAUGUAGAAUGCUGCAAGGACAUCAAACAAAAUACCACCCUGACUCCCAAGCUUUGCAGUAUGCUGCAUUUGAGUUCUGAGUACCAGGAGACAUUUUUUAAAGACCCAACAGUUUCAGAUGAUUUGCUGGACGAUGAUGAUGACGAGGAUGAGGAUGGGGACUGGAGUGGGAGUUAUCACCCAUCAGUUAUUGAACAAACCCAUGAUAUUGACACAUCACAGGGCAGCUUUUGUGACGAAUCCUAUCAAUACUGUGGCAUCUCCAGCGGUGAUCCAUUUACAGCAUGGCUGCCUGCCAGAGCAGUGUCUCCUUCUGCUAAGGCAGAUCCCACUAAUGACACUGUUAAUUAUUCUAUGGAAGAGUUGCACUUUCAAACACUGCAAAUAAAUUAUGAGGCGCUGCAGGAGGAGAAUAAUCGUUUAAAACGGAGAGUACAGGAACUCCAAGGGUUGAACGAAUCCCAGGCAGAAAAGGUCAAAGAUCUGCAGACAAAGUUGGAGACGAAGAUUCUGGAGGAGCAGAAGGAGGCUCAGGACUUGGAGUCCAUGGUGCAACAGGUGGAGGCCAAUCUGCAAAUGAUGACGAAAAGGGCAUCCAAGGCUGAGAAUCAUGUGACCAAACUGAAGCAGGAAGUGGCUCUUCUCCAGAUUCAGUUGAGCACCUACAAAGCAGAGAACGAAGCUUUACGGAAGGGCGAGACAGCCGGAAUGAAUGCUGUAAAACAAAAUGCCAACCUGGCGUUGGAAAACCUGCACAAGGCGGUGAGCGGUGCCCAGGUCUCUAUAAAGCAGUUGGUGUCCGGAGCCGAAGCUUUAAAUAUUGUGGCACAGCUUUUGAACUCCAUAGACAAAAUAGCAGAAGUUCAUGACGACGUUCCCUAAAAGUUUGACCCUUUUUUUUUUUUUUUUGCCUAUGGAAAUGUGCCAAAAACCACUGCCUUGUAAUAGCCAAUCGGGUGUCAGCUGUGAAGGUGGCUUAGCAAUGGAAUGAGGUGUUUGGUUAGUUGCCGUGUAUUAAACUGUACUCUUUGAACUAUGCGAAGGUCACCAUUUUGUAGAUGGCAUGAAAAUACGUUUUCAUGACUUGCAACUUUGCGGGAUCCUUGAGAGCUGACAUGAUGCAUUUUUUUAUAUCUUAAAGUGCACAAUAUGGUUUACAGGCACUUUACAAAGUGUCCACUUCAUUUCAACUGGCACCCAUUCCAAUAUCUGAUCUUUACUUUUGUGUAUACUAAAUAUUUUCUGUAAUAUAAUAGUGGCAUCUGCAUAUAUAUCUAUAAAAAGGUCUGCGGUGUGCUCUCUGCCAACUGGCCAUUUAUUCAUUAUGAUAUUUGUUUAUUUUAGAAAGAAAUUGGAUAGAGUCACAUCUGUAUUUUACUUUUUAACAAACUUUUCUGUGAGCAAUUGAAGAAAAAACAAAAUGUGUUUUUUUUCCCCCAAUUGCAGUAAACCUAGUUACUUUUUUAAUUAACGAAAUCUUGCAAAUACACGUGUAAAAUGUUCCAUAUUUGAGCAGGAAAUUGCAUAUUAACAGCUGUGCUGGUGAAGUUUUGGGCCCCCAUGCAAAGACUUCUUUACAAGUACAAACAUCUAUUUACCUUGUAUUGAUUGUCAGCUAGAAAGAAGUGAGUGAGAGUCCCAGCACCCAUCUGAAUAUGAAGUCGCAGGCUACAAGAUCUGCAGAAAUAUUAUGCCCAUCCCUGACAUAACUUGCAGCCUGGCAUUCUGUAAGGCAUAUCUACUAUUGUAUUAUGGUUUUCUACCCAGUACUCCGGUACAAGAAACCUUCCCAAAAGACCAAUCUGGGUAGCCACAAAAUCAUCAUUCCUUUAAGUUCAUAUAUGGAAUUAUAUAUAUUUUUCCAAUAUUAUAUAUAUAUAUUUUUUAUUUAUUUUUUUACUCCUUAGUAAAAUUGUCACUUUGCCUA